UAGCUGCAGGUCUGGCAACAUCGUGUUCAAACUGGUUAUUUCACAAAAAUAAACACGUGUGUGAGACUUGAUUCGAAGAAGUCAAUCUAAAAGUUUCUACAACGAAUUCAAGGUUUAUUGCCUGUGUGGGGAUUUGACAGCUGGUAAAACAUAUGUGAAUUUAAAGAGGAAUAUGGCUUUCGUUGAUGAUCUUGCCCGAAUUCGGGAGGUUCUUAGGGCAAAUGCUGUAGACAAAUUUGUAGCUGAAGACAUGUUGGUUGCACUUCUUGAACUUUAUGCCUCAGAUAAUCAGCGUGUUGAUUUGGUUGUACUGGAUUUACAAGCAAUGCUUGGAAAAGAGCUAUCAGCUGGAAAUCAUUUCGCUAUGCAGCAACAAAGGUGGGUGGAACUGCAAAGGCCACCAGAACCUCUAAAUUCUGACAUUAUAAUUGCCCGCACAAAUGUUCCUCGAACUACUAUUGCAGCUGAAGUAGUAGUGAUUGAUCAGAAUCGACCUUCAACAUCGGGAAAUGCUGUUGCUUUGCCGAACGUAGUAAAUCGAAAUAAGCGACAGAUAUCGGAAGUUUCUAAAGAAAGUAGCGUUGCCAAGAAAGUAACACCAACUAAAGUGGAAAAUGAUCCACGUCGUCCAUCGGUUACCGUUGCAGCUGUAGACCGAGUUCGCCCUGCUAGUGAAAUCAAUCAAGUGGCACCAACUCGACGUCCUGUUGCGAGCGGCAGCACUGCACAAGGUUCCAUUCGGACAAAUCAUGCUGGCACAUCCUCUCAAACUAUUCUUGUGCUAGACAACAAAGCAACUACUGCUACUGUAAUUUCAGCUUCAACUGCAGGACCCUCGAAAAAUGAAACGAUUCCUAGAGAGAAUUUGGAAGAAACAUCGAUGAAGUUUCACAAGGCUACACUCAGUGCUGUUCAGGAUAUAAAUGUCAAAUUUUCAGCUUACAAGGCAACCGAAUACGUCGAGCUACGUAAAUCAUCUGCGAUUUUGGACGAGUAUAUAGGAAUGAUCGUGACGGACGCAAAUCUCGCUUUACCGAAAGUUGAUGUACUUUGGAAUCCACCAGUGGAAAUGAAUCCUGAACACCAACGUCUAUUCCAACACGUUUACGAAAGCUUCAUCAGUGAAAAAGUCGAAUUUCUCGUUCGGGCGGUUCCCGAUGCAGAUCCAGAUUUUUUGGAAGAGAGAGUUAACAGUUUUCAAGGUGACCAGGAAAAAAUCAGAGGCUUUCUAACAGAGAUUUUGGAAGGAAAUAUGCAAUUUCCUACGCGAGCCGAUUACAAUAGAAGAAAAGAAUAUAACGUUCUUGCAAAUAAGUUCUUUACAGUCGAAGAGUUUUUGGAGCUGUACGAUGACCCUCAAAAGUAUUUUAUGGAGGACACACGAGUCACAGAUGUGGCGUAUCGCGAUCAAGCCAUAAAUCAACUGAAAAAAGAUUUUAAAUUUGCAAGCUUGACGAACAUCCGUCGGCUAUUUAACAAGAACAAUUACCAUUACACUCCAACAUACUUUGAUCUUAUUAAAAACCCGACAUUUAAUCAAAGGAAAACGAAGCGAUCUGCCCAUGAAUGUCUGGGAACUGCAAAAGAUUUGUUUUUGAUCCAAGAGAUUGCUUUUGUUGGUCUUCUACAUGAUAUUGAUUUGUAUUUGCGGAAUAAAGAAAAAAUGCGAAAGGACGCUAUUACUCUAUCUCGUACAACUGGAACUUUGUUGGACUGUCCAAUUUGUUGCGAAGAUGAGCUUAUUGGACUUGAUCUCAUUUACUGCCCGCAAGGACAUGGAGUUUGUCGCAGUUGCGUCCGCCGGCAAUCGGAAGAACUAAUUGGUUUGAUGAAAACUCGUGUUCCGUGCCUAUAUCCUGAUUGCUCCACUGAGUAUACUCUUAAUGAUCUCAAGGAGGUGCUUAAAAAGUCCAUUUUUGGCUGUUUAGAAAAAAGGCGACAGGCAGAAGAAGUUCUUGCAGCUGGAAUCGAAGGAAUUGAAUCUUGUCCAUUCUGUGAAUACAGCGUAGUGCCUGGAUAUGAUGACCGUUUGUUCACGUGUCGCAACCCAGAAUGUUUAAAAAUAUCAUGCCGUCAGUGUCGCGAGGUGAACCAUUCCCCACUUCGCUGCGAAGAAUAUGCUAUGAAGCAAAGACUCAACAAUUACGUUGAGACUAAAAUGACGGAAGCGCUUGUACGACAGUGUCCUAGUUGCAAAAAGAAUUUUGUCAAAGCGGAUGGUUGCAAUAAAAUGGUUUGUCCCUGUGGUGCUAUAAUGUGUUACAUUUGCCGACAGCAAAUAAAGGACUACAAUCACUUUUCGAACCUUCCACCCAAUAAUCCUAACCAACCGGCACCUAUCAAACCUCCUAAUGCUAAAUGCCCCUUGUAUUCUGAUACUUUAAAGAUGCACGAAGAAGAAGUUGCAAUAAGUGCCGCUAAGGCUCGAGCCGAACUGGCGUCUUCUAAUCCCAACAUCCGCAUUGAUUUAGUUUUGGGCAAAAAGUAAUGUUCGAUAUUUGUCCCGUUUAAACCCAAGUUACAAAUUCCUCGUUCGUUAUUAUUAAAAAAAACCAAACCCAAUGUUUCCGAUUGUUUCCCUUAAAGUGAAUUCGCGAUGAGACUUAUAAUUCUUUCGCCCCGUUUCUCUUUUCAAUUUGGUAUUCAAAUUUCCCUAUUCAAAGUCUCUCUUGCCAAAUCAGUUCUCUGUUGAUGCACUAGUCUUCCCCAUGAUUUUCAUUUGUUUUACGUUUCUAUUUUAAAGUUGCUUAAAAAGCGGAUCUAAAAAAUUUGUCUACGUUGUAAACCCUGAUCAGCCAACUCCUCGUUGUACAUUUGAUGUGUGCAUUACCUGAUCCAUGCAAUCUCAUCUACAACAAAUUGACUGAUCAAAAUUUCUUCACCAAUUCAGAAAUAUGAUAACUUUUUUCUAAAGAGA